AUUGUGCAAUAUCGCGGCAGCUGUUUAAGACGAGAACGAACAUCUGCCGCUGACUAUUUCAUCUCUUUGCAUUCGUCUCAAGUCGGACGAAGGCUGUGGCUACGAUGGGCGGAUAAUUUCGCCAGUUUUAUCCGUUAUCAGCAACAUGGAAGGAAGAUCAUCGAUAUAAAAUCAUCGAAGAGAGUCGAGAAGUUGCAAUUGACGCAUCUCAAUAUCUACCAUCGAUAACUUGACGCCCGCAAUAAAUUAUCAACGGCAGGUAUCGAGGGUUACGAGGUUUCGGUCGGUAAUUCUGCAUCGAAUGUCACAGAGUACAGAGUAAUGAUCUGUCUUUAGUGAGAUUCACAGAUAAAUUUUGAAGAAAUUCUGUUUGAUGUUGGAUAUUACGAGUUUCGGAAAUCAUGGCGCAUGUAGAGAUUCCGAUGGGAGAUAUGCAGGUUUCGUCAGAAAAGCAUAAGGUUACGAAUGGAUUUGAAUUUCUUCAAUUACCUCAACUACCACUUAAUCAAAUAGGUUAUCCUCAAGCUCACGACUGGAUUGAACAUAGAAAAGCCAAUAUUCGACCAUGGUCAUUAUUUCUUAAUACAAACAAUAUUAGGCCACCACCUAAUAUAACGAGAUUGAGUAAACGAGUUGUAAAGAAUAUUGAAUAUUUCCAGAGCAAUUAUCUAUUUGUGUUUAUUGGAUUAGUCAUAUAUUGUUUAAUCACCUCACCUCUGUUAUUGAUGACAGUUGCUGCCUCUCUUGGGAUAUGUUAUAAACUUUCUCAGCGGCAUUCAAAACAAGAAUUAACAAUAUUAAAUCAUAAACUGACGCUAGCACAAGCAUAUUCUAUAGUUGCAGUUUGUUCACUGCCUGUAUUUUUUCUGGUUGGUGCACAUGCAGCUGUAUUUUGGGUACUUGGAGUCUCUUGGUUUUUGAUAACGUUGCAUGCUGCCUUUUAUAAUAUCGAUGCAAUGUUGAAUCCAGCAGAGGAAGAACUCAAUACAUUAAUUAUGCAAGAACUUUCUCAUUCUGGUACAAAAUAUAGUUUAUAUUUUCGUGAUGAAAUUCGCUCAAUUGACUUUAUACUUGUGUGGGAUGAGUUUAAUGGAGAAGCGCAAACCUACCGUAAUGUUGAACGCAGAAGGAUAUUUGAAAUAAAUCUCGAAAAAGAAGGACUGGAACUGGAGUAUGAACAGGUGGAAACAAAUGGCUUGCAUUUUAUAAAAAUUCAUGCACCUAAGGAAGUUCUACGACGAUAUGCCGAAAUAUUGAAAUUGAGAUUGCCUAUGAAACAAUUGCCUGGCUGCCAAAUACAUCAAACAAGCAACAAUCUUAUUAUCCAAGAAGUCAAUACGUUUAUUCGACGAAUUAUGAGCAAAUAUUAUGUUGACACAACCAUUUUUCCGACAAUGAAGCAAAACCUUACAGCUGUGUAUAGUAGAGAUAAAGAAUACUUAUUCGAUCUGAAUUCGCCUAAUUUUUUCACAUCGGCAACUCGGUCGCGUAUUGUACAGUUUAUAUUGGAUAGAACUAGAUUCACAGAAACCAAGGAAGACGAUUUUGCAUUUGGUAUUGAAAGAUUGAUAUCUGAGCAUGCAUACGUCGCGGCGUACCCGCUUCAUGAUGGAAAUCUACACACUGCAGACUCAAUGCGCUAUCUUUUGUACACUGAAUGGGCCAGUUUGAGAAAAUGCCUCCAUUAUCAGCCCUUAGAUUAUAUUAAAGAGUAUUUUGGUGUGAAGAUUGGACUUUACUUUGCUUGGCUGGGAUUCUACACUCAUAUGCUGAUUCCAGCUAGUAUCGUUGGUCUUUUAUGUUUCAUAUACAGUUGUUCUACUUUAUAUUACAAUGAACCAAGUGAAGAUAUUUGUAAUCGCAACGGUUCUAUCGAAAUGUGUCCAUUAUGUGAUCAUUUUUGUGGCUAUUGGGAUCUCAAGGAGACAUGUUUACAUGCGAGAAUUACUUAUUUGUUUGACAAUCCCUCAACUGUGUUUUUUUCUAUAUUUAUGUCAUUGUGGGCUACAUUGUUCCUUGAAUUAUGGAAGAAAUACUCUGCCGAAAUAACCCAUAGAUGGGAUUUGACUGGUUUAGAUGCUCAAGAAGAAUAUCCUAGGCCACAAUACUUAGCACGACUUGCACAUAUUAAAAAAAAAUCUAUUAAUAUUAUUACAAAUACGGAAGAGCCAAAAGUACCAUAUUGGAAGAUGAGAUUUCCUGCCACAAUUCUUAGUUUCUCAGUUGUUCUACUUUUGAUAGCUGUAGCUAUGGCUGCUGUGCUUGGAGUAGUCCUGUACAGAAUGUCUGUUUUAACUGCAUUAAGUGUUUAUGGGCAUCCUAUGGUAACCAGUUAUGCUAUAUUAUUUACUACUGCUACUGCUGCAAGCAUUAAUCUCUGUUGUAUCAUUUUGUUCAAUUGGCUAUAUGUUUGGCUGGCAGAAUAUUUGACAGAGCUUGAACUGCUUCGUACUCAGUCUGAAUUUGAUGACAGCUUAACCCUAAAAAUUUAUUUAUUGGAAUUUGUCAAUUAUUAUGCUUCCAUAUUUUAUAUAGCCUUCUUUAAAGGAAAAUUUAUUGGCUAUCCAGGAAAUUAUAAUCGUUUCUUUAACUUUCGACAAGAAGAGUGCGGACCAGGUGGUUGCCUUUUGGAAUUAUGCAUUCAAUUGAGUAUUAUCAUGAUUGGCAAGCAAGCUAUGAAUACUAUCUUAGAAAUGCUCUUUCCACUAUUUUAUAAAUGGAUGAAUACUUUAAAAGUCCAUGUAGGUGCAAAAAAAUUGAAAGAUCACAAUAUGAGAUACUCGUGUAGAAAAUAUUUGCAGUGGAUCAGAGAUUAUAAAUUAGUUGAAUGGGGACCGAGAAGUCUUUUUCCCGAAUAUUUAGAAAUGGUGCUACAAUAUGGAUUUGUUACAAUUUUUGUCGCUGCAUUUCCCUUGGCGCCAUUCUUUGCAUUAUUGAAUAAUGUUUUUGAGAUGAGAUUGGAUGCGAAAAAGUUAUUGACCAUGUAUAGAAGACCGGUCGGACAGCGCGUGAGAGAUAUAGGCAUAUGGUACCGCAUUCUUGAUUCCAUUUCCAAAUUAUCCGUUAUUACUAAUGCAUUCAUCAUAGCUUUUACUUCAAAUUUUAUACCAAGGCUAGUUUAUCGUAUAACAAUUUCUGAUAAUUAUUCAUUAGAAGGUUUCCUAGAGCAUUCUCUGUCAAAAUUUAAUACUAGCGAUCUGAAAAGUGGCACUCAACCUAUGGCGUCAUUAGGUCAAGCCCCAAUCGAGAUUUGCCGUUAUCAAGAUUACAGAGAAUCACCAGACUCGCCAAACAAGUAUGAUUACACCAUCAUGUUUUGGCAUAUACUAGCGGCUAGAUUAGCUUUUAUCGUCGUUUUUGAGAAUGUCGUGGCAUUCGUGAUGAACUUAGUACGAUGGUGUAUUCCUGAUAUAAGCCCAAAAUUACGGGACAAGAUACGUCGCGAAGCGUACAUCACCAAUGAGAUUAUCAUACAUCAAGAAGCAUUACGUGCUCUGGAGAGGCCCGAGACUGAUGUUGUAGAGCCAAGGAUCACGCAAACUUAUGUAGUCGCCAACGAAAGUACCGACAGAUGGAAUAGGGUUAUGAGAGAUUGUCUCUCGACUUCCGAACUCGAUUUAGAGGUCCAUGGGUGUCCUCUCUCCCCGGUUAAUACAACUCCGCGUAUUAGCCCUGCUGCAGUCUGAGCAAGAAAAUUCGUCAAAUUGAUGCGAAUCUAUGCGGGUGUAAUGUAAUUUUCUGAAAACUAUUAGAUUAGUGCAAAAAGUAUGUUGUUUUUGUCAAAAUAUUAACGAUUAGACAUGUAUUUUACUCUCUCUCUCUUUCUCUCUCUUUGCUUCUAUAUAAAUAAUUGUUAUUAAAUAAAAUAGUCACUAUUAUGAUACAUAGUCACCAUAUUUGAUACACUUUUUAAAAUUUUAGGCAAGAGAGAAUAUAAUGAAUUUUUUGUUUGUUUAUAUAAAACUUUGUAUGAAUAAUUUUAUAUAAAAGUAAAACACUUAGUGCAAAAACGAUAAAUUUUUUGCAUCAAGAAUCUAAAAAUAUCGUGAUUUUCGCUAGUCGUGAGAUAAUUCGUGAAAUUUGACGGAAGAAGAUAUUAUUUUUGAAAGUAUAUUUUAAUGGAAGCCGCAAUUCUAAGGCUGGGUUCGGGGAGCAUGCUUUUAGCGCUACAACAAUCCUCUGUCCUUAUUCAACUUUCGGUAAGUAACAAAGAUAAACGAUACUUUUAGGGCGUAAGCAUGCUCCCUGAACUCAGCCUAAUUUUAGCUCUUUCUUUCCUCUUUCUAAUUAUAAUAGAUGCUAUAUGUAAGAUGCAUAUGCUAUAUUUUUCAUGGCGGAAAUAAGAGUCUCUACAAAUUUUAUAAACUUUAUUAGAAAAUUAAGAUUGAAUUAUUAGAGAGAGAAUUGUGAUAUACAUUUAUUGCAACUAUUAUUUUGAAGCGAUAUUAUAGUGCAAUAUGAUAAUGAUAUAUCUAUUACUGUUAUUGCUAAAGUUUAAAAUUUUUAAUAUCAAUUAUAAUUAUUAGUAACUUUUCUGGAAUCUGUAUUCUAAUAUUCUCAGUUAUUCUUGUAUAUCACAAAAAGAAUUUUGAAUGUGUUAUACAUAUACAUAUAACGAGAGAAGGGUGUGUCCUCUUUAAUAAGAUAGUUGUAUAGGAUGUCUCGUAUCUAAUGAAUUGAACAUGAUGUUAAAAGACAUCCUAUAUAUACAUAUCGGAAAUAUAAAUAUAUUUAGUAACUGGAUUGUGCAAAAGAUUGUGUUGUAAAUUUAUGUAUAUUUGUGUGUGUAUGUACACAUACACUCAUGCAUAUACAUAUAUUUUUGUGUGACAAAGAAACGCGGACUUUUCUGAUAAAGAUUAUAUAAACUGAUAUAAAUUGUAUUUUGAGAAGAAUCUUUUAUAUUUAUUUAACUAAUUAUAUAGAUCAUUACUAUGAUAUUUGCAGAUUUAUAUUAAGAUUCUCUUCUAGAAUAUUUUAUAUGAGAUGAAUGAUCUUCCACAACAUCUCUUUUAUUGUUAUACUGUAAAAAUAUAUAUUUUAAAUUUAUAUAUUCUCUCAAUUUACAUGUAAAUAUUUUAAACAAAAGAAAGAAGAAUAAUAAAAAGUUACUAUACAUUAACUAA